CAAACGGUGUGUCGUUUACCGAACAGGCCGAAAUUCAUUACUUGUAUAAAGCGAGAAAAAUUAUUUCUUAAAACGCUCUUUGGCUGUCGGCUCUCGAGUCGAUUCCGGCUUCCAACUUUCACUUCUGAACUACUCGUCUGAAAUCCGAUGUUCAAAUCGAAACCAGUAAGAGCGAGAAUUUGUUUCUCAUUUUAGCGAAGAGAAUCGAUAGAAAAGAUGAGAGAAGCCCUAUUUCGAUGUGUAUUGUUAUUUCUUUGUUCCGUUAUUCAAUUAACUUCGGCUACUGUUGUUCUGAAACCCUUCUUAUUUUCCUUCCCAGACCUUCCCGCCAAAUUUGCUGUCAGAGUCAAUAGGUCCGGUAUAUGUGGAGCUUUGCAUGUGGCGAAUCCUCUGGAUGCUUGUUCUUCGCUACUCAAUCGUUUUGGGUUCAACGAAACUGAGCAAGUAAGAAUCGCUUUGAUUAUAAGAGGUGAAUGCCCUUUUGAGAAUAAAAUUCGAAAUGCUCAAAAUGCGGGAUUUCAUGCUGCAAUUGUCUAUGAUGAUAGAGAUAAGAGGAAUUUGGUUUACAUGAUGAUGAACCCUGAUGGCAUCAAGGUGCAUGCUGUUUUUGUUUCUAAGCCAGCUGGUGAAAUUUUAAAGGAGCAUGCUCGAGGGGAAGAAUCUGAAUGUUGCAUUUACCUGUCUCAUAGUCAUACAGCAUGGACUGUUUUAGCAAUAUCGUUGCUUUCUCUUCUUGUUAUAUUAACUUUCCUCAUAAUAGCCUUUGUCGUGCCCAGACACUGGAUACAUUGGCAGCGAACACAUUUUCGCAGCAAGAGUGUGGAUGUGCGGGUGCUUGAAGGUCUUCCCUGCUUCACAUUCUACUCCACUCAUUUGAAUUGUAAUCAAAACAGAGAAACUUGUGCUAUUUGCCUUGAGGAUUACAAAGAUGGGGAAAUUCUUAAAGUUCUUCCUUGCCAACAUGAAUUUCAUUCAAGCUGUGUGGAUUCAUGGCUGACUAAGUGGGGGACUUUCUGCCCAGUGUGCAAGUUUGAUAUGAAAACCAAAUUUGUAUAUUCUGAGAAUAACAAAUGGGUGGAACAAACAGCAGCGGUUGCUGCUUUUAAUCAUCACAACACUUGUAUCAGCAGCUGGUUUUCUCAGGCUAUUAUCGUUUUUCUUUUGUGUUCUGUUGGGUUAUGUCAUAUGGGCCUUUCUCUGGGUUUGAUCUCCUGUGGGUUGUUUCUUCUCCUUUUGAUAAAUUAUAGCUCAGAGGCUGAAGUCGUCACUGUCGAUGUUAAGGCAGCCAAGGGUUUUCUCGAGUCUGGCUACAUUUAUCUAGAUGUUAGGACAGCGGUGGAGUUCAAGAAAGGGCAUGUACAUGCAGAGAAGGUAUUCAACAUUCCUUUUAUGUUCAAAAGUCCAGAAGGUUGGGUGAAAAAUCCAAAAUUCUUGAAGGAAAUUUCAGCUGUUUGUAAAGAGGAUGAUCAUCUUGUCGUGGGCUGUCAAAGUGGAGGCAGAUCCCUGCAUGCAACUGCUGAUCUUCUUGCCGCUGGUUUCAAGGAUGUGAGCAACAUGGGAGGAGGUUAUCUUGCUUGGAUGCAGAAUGAGUUUCCCCUAAAGGUGGAAGAGGAGGAAGAAAGAACCGAGCUCUGAUCUAUAUAAAUAGUUACCAUGAUUGUCAUUAUUUUCUUUGGCCAAACAUCAUUUCAAUAUAUGUAAGUAGAUAGUUAGAUUUAGGCGGCAGCUCUGCCUCCGUGUGAUAAAUGGCUCUUUCAACCCUGGUAGCGGCCUGGAUGCCCUUCAUAUAUUGGGCUUUUUGCAAAAUUAGGGUCGGAAUUAUUUUUA